AUGAAAGUUUAUUUUGCGCUUUGCAUUGCAGUAGUUUUGUGCCUUGUCAAUUUUGGAAUCUGUCAAGGGGAUCGUUACAUUCCAAGUCAUCCACUCGAUCAGUACAACAAGCCAGCAGACAACAAACAUCAAGCACCAAAUGCGCUUCCAUACUAUCCGUACAUGCCAAUUUACAUUCCACAAUUUAAGGCACCAGAAUAUAAAAUUCCUGAACCUCCAAAGUAUACCAUUCCAGAAGCUCCUAAAGCUCCUCAAGCUCCAUGGAAUUAUCUUCACAAUGCUCCAAGUUACUAUGCUCAACCAUUUAAUUCAGAAGAAUUUAAAAAGUACAUGCCAGAUUGGUUAAAUGCCAAACCACUCCAUGCUCAACAACCAAAGGAUUUCCCUAAAUUCCCUCAAUUCCCUCAAUAUGCUGGAAAUCAACAUCAAUAUGGACAACAAUAUGCCUCGCCUUAUGCUCCACAAGAUUGGAAUGAAUUCUUCAAGAAGCAAUACCCAUGGACUGAACAAUACAAUGCCUUCCCUUGGAGCACUCAAAAACAAGGUUUUGCCAAACCAUUGAAAUCUGUUGGUUCCAUUUCAGAGUCUGACAAUAAUGUUAGUGGAGAUGAAAGCGAAACCAUUUAA